AUGCAACAUAUUAUUUCGUUUUUGUUGGCCCGCGUCGCGAAAGUGGCGGAUGUGAACCCUUUCGAUGUGGAGAGUUCUUUAACCAAAAGGUCACUUCGAAUUCGCAACGUCAAGCUCAAGAAGGAUGCACUGAGAGAUAUCACUCAACUCCCUGUCGAAUCAGGUCACGUAACGGAAAUUCACUUCGACAUACCGUGGCCAUCAUCCAAAGAUGCUCUUGUUGUUCAUGCCAAAGAAGCGAGGCUACAUUUGAACACAUGCUCUCAUUUGGCCACUUCUGAUACUGAAACGGAACUGAGUUCAGACAUCAUACGAAGCGGUAUAACAGAACAAAGCAUCCUUGGGAAUAGGAACUGUGCUACAUCACCAUGUAACUCAAGUAGAAGUCACUCACGUGUUAGUUCGUCGACUGCAAGCCCCAAACCUAUUGAUCACGCGAAGGAGCAUGCGGACGCACAUGAUGACGAGGAUGAGUGCAUGUCUUGUUGUAGCGAAGUUAGUUCAUCCUCAACUUAUGUAGACCCGGGGGGCAAUGAGGCCGUAGAGGGGGAGGAAGGUAUAAUAUCAUACCUAUACGGCGUGGUCAAGAGUACUAUGUCCGGUUUGGUGGACAGAAAGAUUCUUGUUAAUGUAGAUGUCCUCACUCUUAUGUUAUCGGUUGGACCCAACUCGAACACAAGACUUGAAAUAGUCUUCCGGGAUCUUGCAGUACAUGUGGAGCCAUGUGCUUGUAACGGAACUGAAGAGAUAAAAGUUGUGAAGGCAACCGUCAGUGACGUGACUGCUAAGGCGUUUGCUGGAGAGUUGUGCGCCACGUUCGUGACCACUGAUGUUGCAGCGGUUUGUGUUACAUCUGUAUUCCUGCGUGGAGUUUUGUGUAGGCAAAACGUCACCAUAUCAUUGGAGCAACAGGUGUCUCUGCUAGUUAACCACGACGUCCUCCUCGCCUUGCACGCUUAUUUAGCAGCGAGUCGCUCGUUUUUGGAGCUUCCUGUGUACUGCCACCCCCAUAUACAUCUCCGUGGCUCCGCAUCCUUGUGGAAUUAUGCGCAUUGUUGCGUGAUGGAGCUCCUUCGAGAUCGAAGGAGGAGGUACAACUUUACUUUAUCUCAUAUCCGCUCUUUUGCAGAAGCGCGGCGUGCAUAUAUUCAACUACUGAAUUACUGCCACCAAGUGGGCGACAUUUCAGCAAAACUAGACGCAAUGGUUGAAAUCGAGCAGAAAGUUCGCUACAGGGAUGUCAUUUUAUUCCUUAGACGCACGGUGAUGGAAACAUAUGCCAGGACAUCAGUCACCUCUGAUAUAGCAAGUGAUGGAGGUAAAGGGAGGCAGCUUGUAGAUGCAAUAAUGCUUUCCAUUCAUGUGGACAUUGGUGAAGUGUACAUUUACUUUCCAACGGGAACUGUUAUGCUUCUGGGUGAGAUUACCCUUGUUAGCCGAGUGGACGAGACUAAUGUUCACAUUGGGGACGUAUCACUAAAAGAUGACAGCAUGUGGGAAACUCUGCGUCUACCGGGUGCUUCUGACGUGCCGUUUUUUAGCUUUCAGAAACGCAAGACGAAGGGAGCGUGUUCCCUAAAGGUAAAUGUAGAACCUACUCGCAUUGCAUUAUCGACACCGCGACUACUCGAAACAAUCAAACCGGUAGCCUCCAUUCUACCACUUCUCUUUGUGGAGAUGGUUGCAACAUCAAGAACCGCACCAGCACCAUCAUCUCGUGGAACCAUGGAGAAGAUGAGUUUUGUUCUACCCUUCCUCCGGCUAAUUAUCGACGAUAUCAAUGUCGAAUGUGAGAAACUCUCGCUAAUAAUCAUUAAAGGAGAUGCUCCGAGGGGCUCACAAAUUGGAGUUUCGCUACACGCCCUGUCCGCACACUUUGGUGAGGGGGCCCACGAAUUAGUUGCGCCCAUCAAUGUGCGAAUGGGAGAUGAGGGUAACAUCAUUGUUUCUGAGUUAAAGUUUAAUAUUUGCCCUGCAUUUUGGGAGUACCUUAAGCAUAUUUGUAGCGAAUGGUCAGAAGUUGCUUGGGUCGGCUAUGAGUCGUAUAAAGGGGCCACCAAGCGCACACAGAGAUCGAGCAACGCCAACGUUUCUAUUUCGAGCUGGGAAGAAAUUUUUACCGCUGCAGAUAUUCAUCAGGUAUCGAGGAGGAAGAAAAAAAGCCAGUGUAUUUGCAUAAAGUGCAUUCAGUGUUGGUUUGUACCAACGGAAAGCGUCAUAACUAUUGGAGAAACGCGUAUUUUUUCCUCUAAGAAUGUGAGUGACGAGGAUGUUCUUUGCAUUCAUCUGCGAUCAUUUAUGCUUACAACAGAGGAUGCUAGCAAACCCUUUUUCAUCAUUGAUUUUCCUCGCGGCGCCAAGUGCCGGGUGGCUUCGCUAUCGAAGGGUCGUUUGUUUUGCGCACUGGCGUCGUCGAGCGUCGUGGAAGUUACGCUGGGAGUGUUCUCGACGCAGAAAUUGCUCUCUGCAUCAAAUUUACAGUUGGGAUUGAGCCACCCAAUGUCUCAUUUUUCGGUCGAGACAGUUCAAGUUUUAGACGCAGUGGAGGUUGCACCCCUUCGUGUUUCUUUUUGUUCCCGGUUGCACUCUGCUUUAACACAUAACUUUCUUCCACCAGUGGCUUGUGUCCUAAUCAGUGUGGGUUCCGUUUGCGUGCGGGUUGAUCGGCUGACUGCUGGGGAAUUUAAGCAAAUUACUUCAACGAUGGAAUCGUGCGGCGCACUUUUCGUAAGUCCACAUGCGUGGAGGGAAUGGUGCUGCGCGUUUCCGCAUAACAGUUGCGAAAUUGCAAUAGCACUCUGCAACACAACUUGCGUCUUGUCAUUUGGCGAAUCUGGGGUCCUGCAAUGUCGAUGCAGGAUCCCAAAUGCGGGCAGUGAAAGCGCUCUUUCCUUUUUCAAUCGUUUCAGUGAGUUUUUUCAUGAACUACGUGAUUCACCACCCGCGCUAUUGAUUAACAGCUGCGGUGCAUACACAAAGGAACUGUACAUACCCGCUGUGGACGCUGAUGUGCUUCACCCUCUUUUACCUUCCUCUUGUUUGAAGGUGGAAGUCCGUGAUCUUUCUGCCUCAUUUCUCUUCAGAAAAGAGGCGAUGUGUGUGCUUGGAGUGCAUGCGGAGGGUGGUUUGACCCCUUUGAAACUGAAUGUGCAGUCAAUAACAAUGUAUGGUGGGGAUGUUAUUUCAUUGAAAUUGGAGGCGUUGAAAUUUGUUCUCGCCUCAACAGCUUCCACGCAGGACGCCCGUAAAUACGGUGCGGAGGCAACAUCCGUUUUAUCAACCUUUGAAAAACAGGCGCUUGUUGAGUUGGAAUGCAUUGAACUCAAGACAAACUUGUGCGACACACCGUACCCGGUUCGGCAACUGUUUGAUGCACUAUUGGAUAUACGCCGCAUGGCUACUUCACUAUCAAGAAAGCACGUUAUCACAGCAGAUUACCUGCAUGACGUGUCAUAUAACCUCGAUAUGAUCGGCUCGUGUUUCUUUAAUUGCCCGGGCAAAGUUGUUAACGUUGUGGAGUGCGAGUUUUUAGCUGUUCGUGGAAGUGCUCGCUUAGUAGUAUGUCGGGGAACUCAUGUCCUUUUUCAACGUUGUCGCAUCUCCACGUUGAUUCGGAGUUCUAUUGCAGUUGAGGAUGAAAGUGGAUCUUUUCUUCUUUUGGACUGUGAUGACACAAUCAAAAAACUUGAAACCCAUGAAGCAACGCAACUUGAUGCUCCUAAUGUGAGAGACAUUUUACGUUGCAUAGUGCCUCAUGGACUUCAUCUGAUGAUUCACCAUAGUAGAGGGGAACUUCUUUUUCCUACGGGUUGUCAACUUACAUUUGCGUUUACCCUCGUGGGUGACUGUUUGUGUUCCACCUCUUACGGAUUGGGGCUUCAACUCUGCUUACAAAACAGUUGGGUCGACUACAUUGAUGGCAGCGUUUGCUCGCGCGUUUUUUCUAGCACCACUUCCGCUGUAAACGUCGCAACAAGGUGUAAAGAGCAUAUUGGUACCGUGAACGCCACACUUCAAGUUGAUCGUGUUGGGGUCCCCAUGGGUUUGGUUGAAACAAUGCAGCAGCUCAUUGGCGGGACGAGUUGUCGCAAAGGUUUCAACGGAAGGUCAAGGACAUCGCCUCUGCUGUGUUAUAAACGCUUGAAAUAUCUUUUCGGGGAGGGGAAGUGGUCUAUUGCUGUGUCUGCCUUCCCCAUCGAUAUCCUCCUUCGCGGUGGUGCAUCGGUUGCGCAUAUGGCCGUUAACAAGUCCCUACUCCGAUCGAAAGUUGAAGCUGAUGGAGGAGAAGCGCAUGUGGAUUUCCGAUUUGGUGUACAGGAAUUAACAUUGUGGGACUUCUGCUCACAGUCCUACAAACGCGCGUUGCAGCGCCCUCUGUCAGUCGCAGCAGUUGCUCGUUUGUUAGAUUCGAAACACGUUGCAUGUGAAACUUUACUCUCUUCACUCGAUCUGUCUGUUUCGAUAGAGCAAAUGAAAUUCAUUGCAUCCUCCUUCCUUCCGGGAAAUUUUGGAAGGGGACUUACGGUACCCCCCACGGUGGAAGUAAUUAACCAGCUUGGGGUAUCACUGGUUUUGGACGUCGAUGACGGGGAGCGCGUUGUGGUUAAGGAGCGCCAAACAUUUUAUGGUAACCAUCUUGUCUUUCCACGUUGCAUUCACUCCGUUGACAACUGCCGAAUAUCGCAUUUUGAGAGUUACCGAGACCCCAACCCAGAGAAAGAACUCACGGAUGUGCUACGCAGGGCGUGUGUCGUUACAUUAACAUCUGGAGAGAAGGUUCGAAUUGUUAGGCAGGUACUCGACCACACCCUCUCUCAACGUGUGAGCUUCCGCACCAGUUUUCAAAUUAGCAACAGGUUACCAUGUGGUGUGGUGCUUGGGGCUAUCGAUUCCUCGGUCGGUAAGCUGGAAGUUCCUCCAGGCGAAACCUUACCUGUCCCCAUUCACCUUAUUUCUAGGGACGACAUAUCUCUUUGCUUGAUGUCCUCCAAUAGUGCCUGCACAUCUGAGCAGCAAUUGCUUAGCGAAGGCUCAUUGAGAAUUUUAUUUAAGUUGGCCGAAGAGCGUGGGGAUGAUUCUAUUGGGCGUCUCAGGAAGUUUGUGCUGGGAGACGUGCCAGUAUAUAUUGAUGUCACUUAUCUUCUGAGUGGCGGCGUUCUCACGAUGUUUCUAUCUCCCGCACGACUUGGCAUUCAUAAUGGAACCCGUUUUAAUAUGAAAGUGUUACUACUAAUCAGUGAUCUUGUUGUUGAGGAAUGCAUUAUCGAACCGAGCGGCACUUUUUUUACGCUGCAGCACGAUCCCUUUGGUCCAAGGGUGGAUUAUGUUUUUGAAAGUAUAGUUUACUCAGACAUCUAUUUCAGUACUGAUCGUGUUGAAGCGUGUUUCAACGAAGGAUCGUUAAGACAGAGGGUUCUGAUGAGGCACAGGGAAUUUCCCUACAAGCGCUUCUUUGAACUGGAUAUUGGACAGCAGGAUGUUGGCAGCUGCACUGCGCCUAGUGUCUGCACCGUUCGCCCCUAUGGCGUCUUUGGGCUUAAAAAUAACUCUGGUACGGAUGUGAGGUUUACCACCGAGGUAGGGAAACCAACUGGUUUGAUCCGGGAUGGCGCAUUGAGUCACGCAACAGGCCGAAACUUUGCAUAUCUACCCCUUCACACUCGCCUGGUAUUACAUGCGGGAGAACUGAGUUCCGUUUCUUUUGAAGUUACCGAAGAUUUUGAGGAACGCCCGCUCUUCUGCGCACCGAUGAGCGUCAAAGGCACACAUCUCGGACAGCCUCAUCUUUUUCUCAUGCGGUCUCGAGUCGAUCGCUUCGGUUACUUCAUGGAGCUAAUACCACCUCUACUUUUUACCAACAUGGAUGAUUUACGGGACCUCCAAGUAAGACACGUAACGAGAAGGGGUGGGUUGUUUACCGAUGAGUUGCCACACUGUUUCACAGUUCCCGCGGGGGGGACGGUAUCUUACACUGCUCUAGCGAAUGAUGAAGUUGUAAAUUUUGCAUUCGCAUGGAGCGCAAAGGGUAGCGACACAACUGUAAACAUCGAAUUUAGCGCGCCUGUGGCGGUGAGCCUCUUACCACAGACAUGCUCAUCUGCUUUCAUCGAGUGCGGAGACACACACCAUGAGAUUCGCGUGUUCAAGGAGGACCGCUUCGAACCAACUGUGGUGUCAGUCAGUGAACCACGCCCCCCAUACGUGACUGUCGUCAACUUAACAUCGCACAACUAUGAGAAGGUACCCCGUAUGAGUGUCUCAUCGUACACUCCUCAUUCCUUAACUAGUGGCGAAGUGGUAUUGGUUCUUCGUGAAGGUGUUAACUCUUCACGGAGAUUCCGGGUCCUUCUGUCCCACGGAACAGAGGUAGAAAUUGGAAACGAUGUAGCAGCCUUCAUUCACCAAAGGAAGGACACGGUCGGAUGGGUUAUCACCCUUGUGACAACAUACGCUAUUUCUUCGCUGCGAAGUGGCUUAGGAACAUUGGUUGGUAGCGCUGUGAUAGUUGAGACGCCUGUAGAGGAGAUGAUGUUGCGUGCUGGUGUGAAAGCAUGUGGUAUUGGUUUGCUUGUGGAGGAUGGGGAUAACAUUCCAAUUAACUGCGUGGUGGGCCGAUGUGAGUCGUGGUUGGUUUACGAACACAAGAGGGUGACAGUUCAAUGCACAGUGUCCAAUAUGCGCAGCAAUGGUACCUACAACGGGAAGAUGAGCCAUGAAAUAAAACCCUUCAGUAUUGAUCUCACUGUUCGCGACGCACGAAUCGUCGGCAACGCUAUUCUUGCCUCUUCCGUGUACAGUCACGUCACGACUCUUGAAUUGGAACUAUCGGACACCUUUGUGUAUCAAAUGCGGAGGCUAGGAAGACGCUACAAAUCCUCAGAAACUAACAAGGAUUUGGAGAAUGUGGUACGUGUGCAGCGCGGCAUGCUUAGUUGUUGGAAGCUACUUAAAUUCAUGAGUGUGCAGCUCCACUUUAUAAAAAUAUCCGAUAUAUUUGUGCUCUUCACGUACGAUAGGAGUGACCGGCCGCCUGAGGACAUUAUUUUUAAAGGAUCUCACGUCGGUAACAUUUUCCCUUCCAUUCACCGUGCUGAAAUAACUCUUCCCGGUACGCACCGCAAGGACUUCCAUGGCGCUUCACUGGCCAACGUAUGGAGCGCGUGCUGUGAAGCUGUUAUGAUGGAAUUGUUGCGGCAGGUGCCUCAGUUGGUCUCAGGUGCAGUAGUUUUUCCGUCCUUUUCGUCCAUUCGAAGCGUGUUGAACCGCAUUGGGGCCGUCAUAUUUUCUUCCAACAGUAAGAAUAUCGACGCAUCAGAUACUUUACUGCUAUAA